UAUUUCUCCUACAAGUGCUCGUUCUUUUCAGAUGCCUAAAUGGACGAGAGGGUGGAUAUAUAUAACUCUAACAUCUCCGUUGUAUUAGCAAUUCUUCACCAGUUCCUCGAUAGCAACAAUGUGUCCAUACCGGAUGAGGAUCUCACCAGUGAACAAAUUCUGGACUACUUGCAGUUAGCCGGCAUCAUAACUGAGCCUCAGAAAGCCGUGAGCACGGAUGACUUGAAAAGUUAUAAGGAGUAUCGUAUACAUACCAUAAUGGCAAUGUACAUGCCUCCAGUAAUACUCUUUCUUGGAACUGUAGGUAAUGUCAUGUCAUUUCUAAUUCUUCGGCACAAAACGAUGAACCGGAUGUCAACCAAUACAUUCCUUGCUGCUUUGUCGGUAGCAGAUUCGUUUGUUUUACUGAUCGGGUUAUUCCGGAAUUGGUUAGGGGAGAUAACUCAAAUCGAUUUACAAACAGAAUCACGUUUGUUGUGUAAACUGAUCACGGUACUUGGCUACAGUACAAGUCAGUAUUCAGUAUGGUUAAUAGUGGCAGUUACCGUAGAACGGUACAUAGUAGUAUGUCAUCCAUUGAGGGCCUCGUACUUUUGUAACAUUCCCAGAGCAAGGAAAGUCGUGUGUCUACUCGCAUUGCUAUUCCUCACUAUCAAUAUUCAUUUAUUAUGGACGGUAGAUUUAAACGAAGAAAUUUAUAAUGACCACGUUGUGUAUAAGUGUGAAGGUGCCUUAUCACACGGACGCCUGGUGAAUGACAUUUGGCCAUGGAUAGAUGCCUUGCUUUAUUCUUUCUCGCCUACACUAAUCAUCGUCAUGUUAAAUAUUAUGAUAAUUCGGCAGGUUAUAAAAGCCACGUAUGGUCGGGAUGAGUUACAAAAUGGCUCUCUGAUGAAAUCUGAGAGCCGGCGUUGUACGAAAGACGGCAAUACGAAGCUAACAGUCAUGUUAUUGACGAUAUCGUUUACUUUUCUAAUAACUACGAUACCGAUGAAUAUUGUCAUGAUUGUGACUCGCGUCUGGCAGGAGGACUUCAAAUAUGACGCCGCCCUGUUGGCCAAGUGCUGGUUAGUGAGAACAAUCGCUGAGUUGCUAAUGUACCUGAAUCAUUCCAUUAAUUUUUUUCUGUAUUGUGCUACCGGUCAAAAAUUCCGUAACAUUGUGUUCAGAAUGGUGUGCCGACGGUCAAACUCCAAUACGUCCAACGUUUCUGAUCACAGUCAGCAUAUUUAUUGCUCAAGGACAAAUGUUAAUGCUUGUAGUCAUAAAUCAGUUAACGAAACUGCACUAUAGGCUGUGGUAGUCUGCUACAGGCUGUCUAGAGAGUGUUAAGGCUGUGGUUGUCUGUUACAGGCUGUCAUAGAGAGUUUAUAUGCUGUGGUAGUCUGUUACAGGCUGUCUAGAGAGUGUUAAGGCUGUGGUAGUCUGUUACAGGCUAUCUAGAGAGUGUUAAGGCUGUGGCAGUCAGUAACAGGCUGUCAUAGAGAAUGUAUAGGCUGUGGUAGUCUGUUACAGGCUGUCAUAGAGAGUUGAUAGGCUUAGGUAGUAUGUUACAGGCUGUCAUAUAGAAU